AUUGGUAGCCCGGAUAAGAAUGGAUCGCUUGUUGCGUCUUGGAGGAAACAUGCCAGGUUUGGGACAGAAUUCUGCUCCCGUCGACCCACCGACUGUCGACACAGCAGAGCAAGUGUACAUAUCAUCUCUCUCACUCUUGAAAAUGUUGAAGCAUGGACGAGCCGGUGUUCCCAUGGAGGUGAUGGGCUUGAUGUUGGGCGAGUUUGUGGACGACUACACUGUGAGGGUCAUCGACGUGUUCGCGAUGCCACAGAGCGGAACGGGUGUCAGUGUGGAGGCCGUCGAUCCCGUAUUUCAAAUGAAAAUGCUUGACAUGCUGAAGCAGACCGGCCGACCUGAAAUGGUUGUGGGAUGGUAUCACUCGCAUCCAGGGUUUGGCUGUUGGCUAUCAGGAGUUGAUAUCAAUACUCAACAGAGUUUUGAGGCUCUAUCUGCUAGAGCUGUGGCUGUUGUAGUCGAUCCAAUUCAAAGCGUGAAAGGCAAGGUUGUGAUUGAUGCCUUCAGGUUGAUCAAUCCACAGUCUGUUAUGUUGGGUCAAGAGCCGAGACAAACGACGUCGAACGUUGGCCAUCUCCAUAAGCCAUCGAUUCAAGCGCUUAUUCAUGGUCUCAACAGGCAUUAUUACUCAAUGCCAAUCAAUUAUAGGAAAAAUGAGUUGGAGCAGCAGAUGCUGAUGACUUUGCAUCAGAAGGGUUGGGUUGACGGUCUAACCUUGGCAGACUAUGAAAAACACUGCAAGCUCAACGAGACAUCGGUGAAAGAGAUGCUAGAAUUAGCCAAAGCAUACAACAAGUACGUGGAAGAGGAAGAGCGGCUCACACCAGAAGAACUGGCAAUAAGAAACGUCGGAAAACAGGAUCCUAAGAGGCAUCUUGAAGAGAAGGUGAACAUUCUGAUGACAUCCAAUAUUGUGCAGUGUCUAGGUGCCAUGCUUGAUACGGUCGUCUUCUAAAAUUUAUGCACUCAGAGCAUGACGCAUAUCGUAGCAAUAGAAUUAGCCAGAAACGUAAGAGAGACGUAGACCACGAAUAAUGGCGUCAUCACUUAAUGUGAAGCCUGCCGAGUUGUUAUCGCGUGUCGGGCCUCUUAAAGGUCGAAGUCGCUCGUGUGCGUCACGAGACUUAUUCAAACGAUCAUUAUUUAGCACUGAUUGUUGACCUGAAAUCUUUUAUGUGCAAGAACCGCCCUCCUUUUCGUCGAUAACUUUGCUACUCGCACAGAUCAAUCCAGAACACUUGAUUCCAUCAACUGAAAGUUAGGGAUGAAGAGAAGUCCGCGGAUGCAGCUGAGAAAGAAGGACGACGAUCCGGAAGAGAGAACGAGUGGAAGGAGACUGUACCGCGAGAUGCUGGAGAAACAGUGGAAAGCAGAGUCAAUGAACUCCCGUGAGCAACUGCUGCUCAACCGUCAACUCCAGCUUCUCACCAAACAGCAGAGAGUUGUUACAAAUGCUAUCGAAAAAGAGAAGCAACUGCUGCUGAAAUCGUUGGGGAAAAAAGGUCUAGACACGUCAGUUUUCUCUCCCCGCCAGGACAAGUCGCGUCGAGGUCUGAGACCAGCACAAUCAUUACCUUGCCUCUUGGAUAGGGAACAAUGCAACAGGACAGGCCUGACAAGGAAGACAUCAAAUGUCCAUGUGAGAGAACUGCCGCCUCUGCAUCCUUCCCUGUGUCUCAAAUCGACCUCUCAACGACUGACAUUGCAAACCACAUCCAUGCCAUGUGUGCAUGAAGAGUCAGGCACGAACUACGGUGACUCACACAUCGACAUCACUGCACUUCCGGUCGAUACCACCCGGUCCCGCUCCCUCACUCCUCCGCUAAGACGCAGCAUGGCAUUUGAAUCUGCGGCUGCAAAUACUGUUGAGGCUCUAACGUCACCCCUAGCAGCACGGCGUAUUAAGACAGCACCCAAGGCAAACGCAGUGCGCGAAGCAAUAGGAGAAGACACCAUACUGCCUCAACUAACUGUUCUCAACUGAAAACAUUGUAAAGAUAUUUUGUGUAUAGCAUUUGUAAUGUGCUCGCAAAAAUAAUGUGGGCGUUGAUACCACAAGUUUUGUAGAUUUGUUUUUAAAAAUAUUUUAAAUAUUUUAUGUUGGAGUGACUUUUGUAUCUUAAAUUGCUUAUGUGUGGAGGGUUCUGGUAUAGUCCACUGUUCAAGUCAUGAAAUCGUAGAAAGCCGGUGUUACACGUCAGGGAUGACGUGAUUAGUGACUUAAUUAAUAGAUCAAUAAUUAAGUUGA